ACAGUUGCACUCUCCACGAUGAUAUACAGAGCGAUCGCGCUUUUCGUCGCCGUCCAGUCGGUCGUCGUCGCUUCACCAACCGCAACCAUGUCGCACGGCGAGAACAUCGUCUCCCCGAUCGGGACGUUUUACCAUCCGACGCCGUCUUCCAGGGCUAGGGGCUUACCGGAAGUGGGCAAGCUUCCCAGGACGUCAGCCAUGUCCAAAAAGCUUUCGGCAAGCGGACCUGACAACAAACCGUGGCUCAAGCUGAGUAAUGCAGGUAAUAGCCAUUUGUCACGCAAUGGACGCUUUCCCGCUUUGAUGGACACAUAUCAACCGCCCAGGACGCGAUCCAACCACAUGCGCUUGGAGGAAUCACAUAGGUCGGAGGAGGAAAGGGCGGAAAAGAUCAACUCCGACCUGGAGAAGAUGAUACAGUUCAUGACAGUUCUAGGUCAAGUUGACCGGUAUCUGUCAUCAAGAGCAAAGUCCUUCGUCAGCACUCUGGGCCGGGCAAUGGAAAACAAUCCCGAUGACCACCACCUUUAUAACGACAAGGAUGUGCCUUUAGAUUAUUGAUCCGCACUCGGUAUUAUUUAAGUAAACAUUAUAAGUUUCUUUAUUACUAUUUAUUUUAUCCACUAACUUGUUCAUAUUUAUUAAUAUUUAUUUCAAUAAAACCAUAAAAUUUGUUCAUGGUGAAUUCAGAACAGUGUUAUGUGCUCCUUUUAUAAUUAAAUCAGGACAGAAGUUUCAAAAUAUUAUAUAACUAUAUUUGGUUAGUAAAUAUUAUAGGUACCUGUUUUCAAAAUAAUGAUUUAAAAGCAAAUAUUGAAAAUCAACAUACAUUACAUUGUGAAAAAAAAACACAUGUUAUUUGGAUUCGAAACUAAUACAAUUAUUACUAUUUGUUUGUUUUUAAAUUGUAUUUUGUUUACAUUUACUGACAUUUAUUACACAUGAACAACAGAAUAUAUGUACACAAUUUGUUAUAAAUAUAUAUUUUUUUUUGCA